AUGGUUGCUGCCUCUGUGCUCCUCCGUCUGGCCUUGCUGCCCGCUGUGGCUCUUGGUUCUGCUAUUGAGCCCCGAGCCAAGUCUUUUGACUACGACUCUCUUACUUUGCGAGAGGUUGGAGCACGCAACACCCUCGAAUGGCGUGUGUGGCUGGAAAAGGAUGGCCAGCCCAUCUCCUUCUGGCACGAUGUUCCCCUGUAUCCCGAGAAGGGCAACAACCGCAUCGUGAGCUACGUCGUCGAGAUUCCUCGAUGGACUGAUGGCAAGAUCGAGACCAAGCGCAGCGAGCCCCUCAACCCCAUCUUCCACGAUGACAAGAAGGACAAACCUCGCUUUGUUGAGAGUGUCUGGCCUCACAAGUCGUACCCUUUCCACUAUGGGUCCAUCCCCCAGACUUGGGAGAGCCCCAACUACGACCAUGACUUUACCGGCUACCCUGGUGACAAUGAUCCUAUCGACUUGUUCGAUAUCACUGAAGCCCCUGCCCAUGUCGGCCAAGUCAAGUCGGUCAAGGUUCUGGGCGGCCUUGCUCUGAACGAUGGCGGCGAGACUGACUGGAAGGUCAUCGCCAUUGACACCAAGGACCCCCUUGCGGCCCUGGUUGACACUGUCGAGGAUCUCGAAAAGUACCGACCUGGUCUGGCUCAGACUUUUUACAACUGGUUCACCUACUAUAAGGUCGCUCGAGGCGACGACGUCCUCGAGAUCGUAGGCGGCGACUACCAAAACGCCAAGUUCAUGGCCAAGACCAUCAAGGACAGCCACGGUGACUGGCAGGACCUGGUCCGGGGCAAGGUCGACUCCAACGAGAUCAACUACAACCAGACCAGCACCAAGAAGUACAAGAAGAGCUUCGUCCGCAGCAAGGAUGCCACCAAGAAGUUCAACCUCCCCGCCAAGUCCAAUGUCCUGCCUGCUGCGGAGAGGCCUGCCAAGUACGAUCAGUGGUUUUACCUGGAUGGCGACUACAAGUUGAUUCAGCUGCCUGGUAACUGA